ACGCGUGCAGAUUUCUAUCGCGCGAAAUAUCGGUAACAAUAAGCGCACACUCUCAUCUCUCCACUCACAAUUUACCCUCUCCAAUCUCCUCCAUCACAAACGACAAAUGGCCGCCGCCGCCGCCGCCGGAGUUCACCUUAACCACAUCGCUCGCGAGACCGCAGAUGUGAAGCGCCUCGCUUCCUUUUACGAAGAGAUUCUAGGGUUUGAGAGGAUUGAGACGCCUAAAUUCGGCGACUUUGAGGUUAUUUGGCUCAAGCUCCCGCCUUUUGCCCUCCAUCUGAUCGAGCGGGACCCACGGUCGAAGCUUCCAGAGAGCCCGUACAGCGCGCCUCAGCCGGUGGGGGAUAUUGAUCCUAAGGCGAUCUCGAGGGGUCAUCACCUCUCUUUUGGCGUUUCCAAUUAUGAAUAUUUCGUCAAAACCCUGAAGGAGAAAGGGAUUAAUACGUUUGAGAAGACGCAGCCUGAUGGAAAAACGAAGCAAGUGUUCUUCUUUGAUCCAGAUGGUAAUGGCUUGGAAGUUGGGAGCUGGGGAGCACCAUAGUUCUCAAGAGAGCAACAGCUGGGCAAAGAAGAGUGAUUAUAAAUGGGUGGGGUGGGGGGUCAUUCUCCAUUGCGUCUGCUGUGAACUCUUUUAGUGUAAAUCUUGUAUAAACGAAGAAUAUAUUGGUUUCUUUGCUUCUAAUAUUCUGCAACUUUGGUUGCUUCCUUGCAUCUUUGUCCUUUCAGUUUAUGUACACAAGUCAAAUCUACACUGUAAAGUUUGCACGGUCAAACGAACUGUAUUUGGUAUCUAAGAACGUUGUUUGUUGGUA